GUCUCACUUUCUCUCUCUCUCUCUCUCUCGCUCGCCUUCUCCAUCCCCCAUCUCCGCCUCCGCCGCAUCCUCCGCGCCGCCGGCGACGACUCCGUCGAGCGAAUCCACCUCAGGCGCCGGGCACCAUGUACCGAGCCGCCUCCGGCCUCGGCGCUCUCAAGCGGCAUGGGGCGGAUGCUCAAAUGUUGAAUCUUGCGAUUAGGUCUGCUAGCACAAGUGUUGCACAGAGGUCAUCAGGUGGCUUCUGGACCUGGCUGACAGGUGCACGCUCAAAUGCAUUGCCACCACCAGAUUUUCCACUUCCGGGAGUCACCAUUCCUCCUCCAUUACCUGAUCAUGUGGAGCCUGGCAAGACAAGAGUCACAACACUUCCAAAUGGUGUAAAAAUUGCCUCCGAGACAUCUCCAGGUUCAACUUGUUCUGUUGGAGUUUAUGUUAAUUGUGGUUCUGUAUAUGAAGCACCUGAAACAUUGGGUGCCACUCAGCUGUUGAAGAAGUUGGCCUUUACAACCACUACAAACAGGAGCCACUUGCGUGUUGUGCGUGAAAUUGAUGCAGUAGGUGGCAAGGCCAGUGCAUCGGCCAACCGUGAGAUGAUGAGCUACAGUUAUGCUGCCUUGAAGACUUACAUGCCUGAAAUGGUUGAAGUGCUUGUUGAUUCUGUGCGCAAUCCUGCUUUGCUUGAUUGGGAAGUCAAGGAACAGAUAAUGAAAUUAAAGGCCGAGCUUGCAGAAGCUUCAAGUAAUCCAGAAACUUUCCUUUUGGAGGCUCUUCACUCUACUGGUUAUUCUGGUGCUUUGGCAAACCCAUUGAUUGCCUCAGAAUCUUCAAUUAGCAGAUUAAACACGGAUGUUCUAGAAGAUUUCUUAGCUGAGAACUACACUUCCUCCCGAAUUGUUCUAGCUGCAUCAGGUGUUGAUCAUGAUGAAUUGGUAUCUAUUGCUGAGCCGCUUCUUUCAGAUAUUGCAAAGGCAGCUAGUACCAUAAAACCAAAAUCGGAUUACGUCGGCGGGGAGUAUAGACGCACUGCGGAUUCAGCGAAAACAGAUGUUGCUCUGGCAUUUGAGAUCCCCGGUGGGUGGCUCAGAGAAAAAGAUUUUGUUACUGUAUCAGUUCUUCAGACACUUCUAGGUGGUGGUGGUGUGUUUUCCUGGGGAAGAUCUGGAAAAGGCUUGCAUUCAAGAUUAAAUCGCCUCGUUAAUGAAUUUGACCAAAUCAAGUCGAUAUCUGCUUUCAAGGAUGUUCACAGUAACACUGGCAUUUUUGGUAUUCAUACAUCUACUGAAGCAGCAUUUGUUCCUAAAGCUAUUGACUUGGCAGCCAGAGAGCUGACUUCCCUCGCAACUCCUGGUCAAGUUGACCAAACCCAACUUGAUCGUGCUAAAGCAUCAGCUAAAUCAGCAAUCUUGACAAGCCUAGAAUCAAAGGCAUCAGCAACUGAAGACAUGGGGCGCCAAGUAUUGGCAUUUGCUGAUAGGAAACCUGUGGAGCACCUUCUUAAGGUUCUUGAUGGUGUUACUCUGAAAGAUGUAUCAACUUUCGCUGAGAAAAUUAUUUCAUCACCAUUAACAAUGGCAUCUCAUGGAAACGUUCUCAAUGUACCGACUUACGAUACAGUGCGUGGCAAGUUCAGCUCGAAAUGAGUAGGCAUUUCCCCAGCCUUCUGGACAAGUUAACUGUUCAUAUUUUUCCUCCAAGAUCACUUGUGGUCACAUUUUCAGACCAAUAAGGAACAUACAGUUUUGAUCAUUAACUCCUACUCCAGGCCUCUUUGGAAUCACCUUUUUUUGCGGAACAUGUAUCCACUUGAGUUGGUGGUUUAAUGUUGUUCUCAUAAGUUAUCUGCUUGUAAAUUCGGACAAAUUCUGGGUCCUCUUUCGGUGGCAGUCCGGAAAGAGUGUACAAAUGUUCAUUUACUUUCAGCUAAAUCAUUGAAACUAGUUUUUUGGAGCAAGGAAAUGAAUAAGAAAGACCACACGACGGUGAAAUUUUGCAUA